CGUGUGGUGCUGGCCGCCUCAGAGCUGCGCCUGUGCCGCGCGCACCAGGGAGCCAAGCCGAGCUGCAGCGGGCUGUGCACGGAGCUGCACCUCUGCAAGUUCUUCGUCUACGGCGCCUGCAAGUUCCUGAGGGCCGGGAAGAACUGUAGGAACAGUCACAACUUGACGAGUUCUCACAACCUGAGUGUGCUGAAAACCCAUGGCGUCGACCACCUCAGCUACAGUGAACUCCGCCAGCUUUUGUUUCAGAAUGACCCCUGCCUUUUGCCUGAGAUCUGCCAGCAUUACAACAAAGGGGAUGGACCCUAUGGCUCUUGCUCCUUCCAGAAACAGUGCAUCAAGCUGCACCUCUGCCAGUACUUUUUACAGGGUGAAUGCAAGUUUGGCACAGGCUGCAAGCGAUCUCACGAUUUCUUGAAUUCUGAGAAUCUGGGAAAGCUGGAGAAGUUGGGCAUGAACUCGGAUCUGGUGAGCAGGCUGCCCUCCAUCUACAGAAAUGCUCAUGAUAUCAAGAACAGAGACUCCGCCCCCAGCAAAGGCCCCCUUCUCCCUCCGGCCCCACACCGCACCUCUGAAAGAAGAGAUAGUUCAGGCUCUCGGUCCUCAAGCGCUGCUAGCCAAGAGGAGAGUGACGAGAUCUGCUUGUACCACAUCCGGAAAAGUUGCAGCUUUCAAGAUAAGUGCACUAAAGUUCAUUUCCAUCUGCCGUAUCGAUGGCAGUUCUUGGAUGGAGGCAAGUGGAAGGAUUUGGACAAAAUGGAGCUUAUUGAAGAGGCAUACAGCAGUCCCAGAAAAGACAGGAUCCUCUGCGCUGAGUCUGCCAGUAGCUUCCAUUUGGACUACCUGAACUUCGACGUCAUGAUGUUUGGCACUGCCCAGGCUCGCCGCCUCUCCACAGCCUCCUCGGUCACCAAACCCCCACACUUCAUCCUCACCACUGAAUGGAUUUGGUACUGGACUGAUGAGUUUGGUUCUUGGCAGGAAUAUGGGAAACAGGGCAUGGAGCACCCCGUGACCACCGUCAGCAGCAGCGAUGUGGAGAAGGCCUACCUGGCGUAUUGUGAACCAGGAUCUGCCUCCGAGGCAGCCAUCCUGAAAUUCCAGGCUGGAAAGCACAAAUACGAGUUAGACUUCAGAGCCUUUGUCCAGAAAAACCUAGUCUAUGGCACCAUCAGAAAGGUUUGCAGGAGGCCCAAAUACGUGUCUCCCCAGGAUGUGAAAGUGAAGCAGACCUGUGAUGUCAAGUUCCAAGGCCCAAAGAACAUCCCGGACCAUUGGGACACAUCGGCCCUGCCGGACCCAGGCUUUAAGAAGAUUGCCCUCAGCUUGUCCUCGGAGGAGUACCAGAAGGUGUGGGGCCUCUUCAACCUCACCCUGCCGCACUAUUCUGUGCAGAAGAUCGAGCGUGUCCAGAACCUGGCCCUUUGGGAAGUCUACCAGUGGCAACGAGGGCAGAUGCAGAAGAGAAACGGAGGGAAGGUGGUGGAUGAGAGGCAGCUGUUCCACGGCACCAAUGCCAGUUUCGUCGAUGCCAUCUGCCAGCAGAACUUCGACUGGCGGGUCUGUGGCCUCCAUGGCACAUCCUUCGGCAAGGGGAGCUACUUUGCCCGGGAUGCUGCGUAUUCGCACCACUACUGUAAAUCCGACACCAAGUGCCGCACCAUGUUCCUGGCCCGGGUGCUGGUGGGCGAGUUCACCCGAGGCAAUGCCUCCUUCCUUCGCCCGCCGGCCAAGGAGGGCCAGGGCGACCUCUUCUAUGACAGCUGCGUGAACAGUAUGUCCGACCCCUCCAUCUUCGUGGUCUUCGAGAAACACCAGGUGUACCCCGAGUAUGUCAUCCAGUACACGACCGCGACCUCCUGCUCGGCCGGCGCCACGGCCCCAGCCGCGCCCCCCGGCCCCGCCAACCUGCUCUCCCUGGCCUCCCUGGCCUCCUUCUUCGGCAGCCGGCCGUGAUCUCGGCCGGGGGUUGACGCCCUUCUGGCUGUCUUCCUUGAAACAGCUGGCUAGGCAGCCGGUGUUUUGUUUUAAACAAACUUUUAAUGAACUGUUUGACAUGACUUCCCAGUGAAGUCAGUCCUCUCUCGUCGAGUGCUCACUUUUAAGUCACUCGCGGGCUCACUGGUGAGCCAGCCGGCGGCGUUGUAGAGGGCCGCUACUGCUUUUUACUAGGAUGUUCAGGUUUUAUUUUUUACUCUUUGUUGACUUUGGCUGAUUGGCACUAGGCACAGAGUACUAAUUUAUGGAUUGAUUUUAAUUUUUAAGAGUUUCUGUCGCUCCAGCAAUUUAGUUUUUUGGGGUGUCAGUGGGCUUUAUUUUAUUUUUGCCCAAAUGACCCGAUAGCCAUUGGUAGGGAAACUUCGUGAGGCCGGGAAACACAGCCCUGUGUCGCUUUGCUCCCUCCCCUGAGCGUCUGCCUCGGAAUCGGCCCUUAACCCACGCGCCAGUCAGGGCCACAGGGAGCUCACCGGUGCGCCCGCGGGCUUCCUCUGUCUGGGCGGAGUCAUGGUGACCAGAGGAAGCCCCGUCACCUGACAGGUGACAGGCCAGUGGCUCCCGGACUCUCGAGCUUGACCAUGAAUAACUGUCCCCGCACCUCCUGAGCACACAGGACACCCUCCAAAAAACGGUUUUAUGUCUCCAUGAGCUGUGGCCACCUGUGCUGCCAGUGUCACACCAGAGUAUGGGAAUAAAAGAGUAUU